GUAACAAACCAGCACUUGCAUUUGUAGUUCGCUGGAAGAGAGUUUAGAACACAUCUUUGCUAUUUUAGCAUCCUAUUUAGCGUUGCGUUUUGAGUUCUAUCGUAGUACCGUUUCUACAGAGGACUUUCAUCGGUUGCGCGGGACACUUGCGUACCUGAGUUGAGAGCGCUCGGCAGCAAUAGGGAACGGGCUACUGAGAAAGGGGACAUUGAAUACCGCAUCACCAGUUGCGUCUCAGGUGGACAUGCAUUAAAGCGAGGCCACACUGGAUGAAGAGGUCCGGGGGCGAGAAAUGAAAUUUGAGGUUCGAAAAGUCGGGUCGAUGCAGCUGAAAAACAUGAGGUUUCUGAUACUCUCUGUGGUCGUCUGCGUUCUGCUGACGUCGGAAGUGGACGCGGGCGGGAAGAGCGACAGCGGACCGUGUGGAGGGAGAGACUGCAGCGGGGGGUGCAAGUGCUUCCCAGAGAAAGGUGCACGGGGCCCACCCGGGCCCCACGGCCCCCAGGGCGUCCGGGGCCCCGUCGGGCGGCCGGGCGAGGCGGGGGUCCACGGCCCCAAAGGAGAGAAGGGGGAAGGCGGGCGAGACGGCAGCACCGGACCCAAAGGCGCCGUGGGCCAGACCGGCGUUCCUGGGUUCGCCGGUGCGGACGGAAUUCCCGGCCACCCCGGGCAGGCGGGGUCUCGCGGGAAACCGGGCGCCGAUGGCUGCAACGGAACCCAUGGGGAGUCGGGGGUUCCAGGGCAACCAGGUGGUCUGGGCACUCCAGGUGUCCCGGGGCAGCAUGGCAGAAAGGGAGAGAAGGGGGAAUCCAUAAAGCUCAGUGUGUUCAUGGAGAAAUUUCGGGGGGAUCCAGGUGACACUGGCUUGCCCGGAAUACGUGGGCCAGAUGGUUCCCCAGGUUUGCAGGGCUCCAGGGGCUAUGCUGGGCCCCAGGGCCCCCUUGGAUAUCCAGGUCCCCCUGGGCCAAAGGGGGAAAUGACCAUGGUCAUAAAGGGAGAGAAGGGAGAGCCGGGGGACGCCGGAGAGCCUGGUCUCCCUGGAAACGACACCUUCCCCCACACCUCCCCCUCCGACGGCUUUCCCGGCAAGAAAGGAGAAAAAGGUUUAAAGGGUGAAGUUGGAGCUUUGGCUGAUAACAAGGGGGAAGAUGGAGUCAUGGGGUUUCCAGGACUACGGGGAAGUUCAGGUUCGGACGGGGAACCGGGAGAGACGGGAGAUAUCGGUGAAGCAGGACCACAGGGAGGGGACGGACUCAAGGGAGAGAGAGGAGAACCAGGACCAGUGUUGUUUAUUGGGGGCACACACGGAGCGGGUCCACGCGGGCCGUCCGGACAGCCCGGCUACAAGGGGGAGAGAGGCGAGCCGGGAGAGAAGGGUCUUCCAGGUCUCCCGGGAGUUCCCGGGAUCUCCAGCGGUCAGAGCGUGGUGAACAUCAGCCCGUUCGGGCCCAAGGGGCUGAAGGGAUCCAAGGGUCUGCAGGGAGAACCGGGACCCGACGCUCAGUUCCCCGGGCGCCCCGGUUUCGAUGGCUUUCCCGGCCGCCCGGGCCCCCCCGGCGCCAAAGGAUCAUGGGCGAAUGCGUUUCAAGGUCCUGAAGGGGAAAGCGGGCAGCCAGGCCGCGCAGGACUGCAGGGACCCAAAGGUGAUCGAGGAUUGUGCGAGUGCGGCAUCGUCACCUCUCCGCCCGGACCCGCGGGCCCGGCGGGGAAAGAGGGCAGCCCCGGCAUGGUGGGCGAGUGGGGGCGGCAGGGCGACCAGGGCCCCCCAGGACACACGGGCCCCCCCGGGCUGCCUGGGUUCCCUGGGAUAAAGGGCGGCCCAGGGCCCAAGGGGAGAAAAGGAGACACCAUCGUGAUCACUGAGAAAGGACAUCCUGGAGACCCAGGAGACGCUGGACUCGAUGGGGGCCACGGGGAGAAGGGCCGGCCUGGGUUUUCGGGGCUCCCAGGGGCUCCCGGACUGCGUGGCGCCCAGGGGGAAGGGCCGGUCGGAUCUCCGGGAGAGAAGGGGUUCCCCGGGGUCCCGGGCCGGCUGGGGCCGGAGGGUCUGGCGGGGGAGCCGGGGCGCGCGGUGGGGGCGCAGAGGGGCCCUCGCGGCCUCCCUGGCGAUGCCGGGCUCCACGGUUUCCCGGGCGCCACGGGAACACCUGGAGCUCCAGGAGGCUGUGUUCUGGAAGGUUCUGGAGAGCAGACUGAUGCGGAAGGAGAGUGUGAUACAUUGCCAGGUCCAAUGGGUGAUCAAGGCAUUCCUGGAAUUCCUGGGAUUGCUGGUUUCCCAGGAGUGCCGGGUCUUAAAGGGGUGCAUGGAUUACCCGGGGAGGCGGGCUUCAAGGGGGAGCAAGGAGAGCAAGGGAGAGGAGGGAUCCCAGGACCACCCGGUUUCUCUGGGGUGCGUGGGGAUGAGGGGCAGCCCGGCGGUCGAGGGGCAGACGGACCCGCGGGUCUGCCCGGCCUGCCGGGGCGGGAUGGGGAGGACGGCCAGAAGGGGGAGCACGGGGUGGUCUUCGGGGCGGCCCCCGGAGCCCCUGGAGAUCAGGGCCGCCCCGGGCUCCAGGGCACCUGGGGCCCCCGAGGGGAGACCGGCACCGAGGGAUACCACGGAAUGCCCGGAAUGCCCGGUAUCCUCGGAGCCAAAGGGGACGGCGGUCCCCCCGGCCUGCAGGGGGAGGAAGGGAGGCCAGGCCCAGCUGGGAAGUAUGGAUUCCCAGGGGCCCCGGGACCAGCUGGCUCCCCAGGGCCUGUCGGGUUCAUCGGUGGCCCAGGAUUUCCUGGAGACAGAGGAAACCAGGGUGACCCAGGUCCGCCUGGGCCUCACGGGAUGAAAGGCUCACCUGGGGAGCCAGGUAACUCUGGAGCGAAGGGAAUAGACGGCUCACAAGGUGAUCCAGGAAACUCAGGUCCAGUGGGCUUUUCUGGAACUCCUGGACCACGAGGCUUGAAAGGCUCAUCAGGAAUGGCUGGCUUUUCCGGGAUGGAAGGAGUGAAGGGAUUGUCGGGCGUUCCCGGCGAGAAGGGGGAGCUGGGGUUCCCCGGGGUCGAGGGGCUGAAAGGCGGAAUGGGGAGGCACGGGGAGAAGGGUGAACGAGGGCUCGUGGGACCUCCGGGCGAGAAGCCACACAUCCCGCGGCAGGAGAUCGCCAAGAUGAAGGGGGCCAAGGGCGAAGACGGAAAACCGGGAGAGCCGGGAUUCACUGGCCCCCGAGGGCCCAAAGGGUUUCCAGGCGUCCCCGGGAGGACGGGCAGCGACGGCAUGCCAGGGGACCCCGGCGAGGAGAAGGGAGUUGUGGGCGAUCCGGGCGCCGGGGGACUUCCGGGGUAUAAGGGAAUGCCGGGUCCCACCGGCUUGCCGGGAAUCUCCGGCUUUCCGGGAAUGACGGGAACGACGGGGGAGAAGGGAACUCCCGGAGCUUACGGACCGAGUGGAGACCCUGGACUGAAGGGGAAGAAAGGGGAGGAGGGUGCCGUCAUCGACUUACCUGGCUCCCCGGGCGUGAGAGGGGACUUUGGCGUACCUGGAUUUCCAGGACGUAAGGGCGUCGGCGGCCAGGUCGGAGACCGGGGCGGUCCUGGUUUCCACGGCAUCGAGGGCCUGAAAGCGGAGAGCGGGGACCCUGGCCCUGACGGGCGCCCAGGCGUUGAUGGGAAAACAGGCUCUCCAGGAGACCCGGGGCAGAAGGGCUUUUCCGGAACGCCGGGACAAACGGGAUCCAGCGGAUUUCCCGGGACACCCGGGCACAGAGGUUUUCCGGGUCUGAAGGGAAUUUUUGGACUCCACGGCCUGAAGGGCCAAAAGGGAAUCCAUGGAACGCCAGGUCUGGACGACUGGGGGCAGCCGGGGGAGCCGGGGGUGAAAGGAGAGCAGGGAGAACCGGGGAGCCCCAACACGCAGCCCGGGUUCCCCGGGUUAUCCGGAGCCAAGGGCUCCGCCGGAGAACCAGGUGACCCAGGCCAGCCGGGAGCCCCCGGGUUUCAGGGACCCCAGGGCCCACACGGAGAGCCCGGCAAGCUGGGCCUCAGCGGGGACCCAGGAGCGAAGGGACCGAAGGGAUUUCAAGGGUUCCCCGGGGUCAGGGGGACUCCGGGCAUCCCCUCGGCGUUCGGGGACAAGGGGGAGAAGGGCCUGCCGGGCCUGUUCGGGCGGAAGGGUCUGCAGGGCCUCCAGGGAGAUCCGGGUCGACCCGGCGCCCAGGGACAGCACGGCGUGUCCGGGAAGAAAGGUCUGAGGGGGGAGCAGGGGCUGAUGGGAAUUCCUGGAAGGGCUGGUGUCCAAGGAGACAGGGGACCUGUUGGGCCAAAGGGAAACCCUGGACCUCAAGGUUACGCUGGACUCCCUGGUUCUCCGGGUGAGGCUCCCAAACCACCCAAACAUUUGGGGGAGCAAGGGCCUCGAGGUGUGCAGGGAAUUCGGGGUCCUGAAGGCGUCUACGGAGAAAACGGCCCCCACGGUCCACCGGGCAACCUGGGAUUAAUUGGCCCCAAGGGCCAGAAAGGCAUGCCAGGGAUCGGUGGCACCCCGGGGACCCCUGGUUACCGUGGCGAGGGCGGACAGACAGGCCUCCAGGGACUUCAGGGCCUGGAAGGGAGUCCGGGGCGCCCUGGGACCCCCGGUAUCGCUGGCAUGGCGGGGCGCAGCGUGAGCGUGGGGUACCUGCUGGUGAAGCACAGCCAGUCGGAGCAGACGCCCAUGUGCCCCGUGGGCAUGGCCAAACUGUGGGACGGGUACAGCCUGCUCUACCUGGAGGGCCAGGAGAAGGCCCACAACCAGGACCUGGGCCUGGCGGGAUCCUGCCUGCCCCGCUUCAACACCAUGCCCUUCAUCUACUGCAACCCCGGCGACCUCUGCUACUACGCCAGCCGCAACGACAAGUCCUAUUGGCUGUCCACCACCGCCCCCAUUCCCAUGAUGCCCGUGGAGGAGGCGGAGAUCCAGCCCUACAUCAGCCGCUGCUCGGUCUGCGAGGCGCCCUCCGUGGCCAUCGCGGUGCACAGCCAGGACGUCACUAUCCCACAAUGCCCCGCGGGCUGGCGCAGCCUCUGGAUUGGCUACUCCUUCCUCAUGCACACGGCGGCGGGCGAUGAGGGAGGCGGCCAGUCUCUGGUGUCCCCCGGCUCCUGCCUGGAGGACUUCCGCACCACGCCCUUCAUCGAGUGCAACGGCGCCAAGGGCGCCUGCCACUACUUCGCCAACGAGCACAGCUUCUGGCUCACCUCCGUCGACCAGGCCUUCCAGACCACCCCCCAAAUGGAGACGCUGAAGGGCGGCCAGCUCCUGUCUCGAAUCAGCCGCUGUCAGGUGUGCAUGAAGAACCUGUGAUCCCAAAAAACGGACUGCGCCCCCCCCCCCCCCCCCCCUCUACCUGCCCCCGUCUCGUCCCGGACGUGGACCGAGGAAGGCCUGAACACAGGUGCUGAAAUCAUAUGACCCAGCUCGAUAACGAGGCCCACCAGUGUCUUUAGGUCCAGAGUUUUCUGUUCCGAAUUCGUAUACAAAAAGGUGCUUUACCCCCCUAACUUAUUACCUCAGUUUCAUUAUAGACCACCUGUCUCAAACAGACCCACCAAAAAAAUGGCCUUCAUGCACUGCUUUUCAUGGUUUUAAAAUACUUUUUUUUUUGUUUUUUUUCUUCUUCUGUAGUACGACGUGUAGAUUAAACGGUAUUUAACAGUUUUACAAUAGUACUAACACACAUUAUUUUGCUCCAGACUGUAGAAUAUGUUUGGUGUACAGGACAUGAAAUGCACUAAGUACUCCAGUACUCCACUGUUGGGACUUCGGGACACAAAGUUGAUUUGGCCGUUGCGCGUUUGAAAGGCUGAGCGACAGACUUGCUUUGUGGAGGGUGUUUUCCACUUUUGGCUGUGUGUCCAUCUCACAAUGCGCUGCAGUCAGUGAGGGCUACACACUGCACCCCUGGGUACGACAGACAGAGGAUCACAUAAAGUCAAGUUUAGGCUGUGGUCUGACCACAGCAGGAGGUCAAAAUGACCAUGUUGAGGGGUACUCUCGGGACACCGAGAAUACUUGACCAAAGCUGGGAAACACAAAUGGCUGGGUCAGCAGGUAAGCACCAAGCAGUGCCAAGCAUUCAAGCAUGAGAAAAGGUUAAUCGCAUUGUUGCAUUUCUUUUUGUGUGGGUAAAUGUAAAGAAGUUCAGCCAUGCCAUACUGACAUAAACACUUUAUGUCAACAACCACCUCCUAGUUUUUUUAUUUUUAUGUUGGAGCACUUUGGGACCAACAAAAGCUAAGGCCGGCUCUGCCCUAAAACCCUAACUAUCCAUCCGUAGCUUGUCAGUGGUGUUUUUACCCUUCUUUAUUUCUAUUUAUAUCCAACCAGCAUUUGAAUACAAGGCUCUCAGUCCCUUCAAGAUUAUUUUAAUUUUGUGAUUGUACAUUCCUAUUUUAAGUCGCGGGCAAGCUAUAGCCUAGCGGCUAAGGUGCUUGACUGGGACUGACUUGACUGUUGGGUGGUUCACAUCUCAGUGUAGCCACAUUAAGAUCCACACAGCUGUUGGGCGCUUGAGCAAGGCCCUUAACCCUGCAUUGCUCCGGGGGAGAUUGUCCCCUGCUCAGUCUAAUCAACUGUAAGUCGCUUUGGACAAAACAAAGUUUCGAGCAGCGCUAGGGUCCGUGAUAUGAUACAUACACGAGUGAAACGGGGGAAUUUUUGAAGGACGAUUUGGCAGACGUCAAAUGAGGAUGCAUGCCACGGAUUUGAGGGGAAUAGGAAAUUAAGAUAUUUUGUCGACACGCCCACAAUGACAUUAAACAUUAAAGUUUUCCAGGAAGUGCAUGGAAAAAACCUUCAGCGUGUAAAGUUUUUACUUUAAGAUGUGUUCGAAUGGUUAUGACAAAUUGUCUAAAUUGAGGAAAAAGUCCCUUUUGAUUUCAGCUUGUCUUUAAAGUGCAGUUCCCUAACGAUUUUAUACAGUGCCGCCCUGCCACACAGACACAAUUUAACUCCUUCCCACAGUGGAAAAUCUCCAAAUAAACUUUGUGUUUUGAAAUCCAUUUUUAUCCAGUAUUAACAUCCUUAGUAAUGUUAACUCACAUGUUAACUUUUGACAAAAGUUAUUUGAAAUAAAUGGCAAAGAAGCUUCAUAAAUCUAACAGGCUUGUUGUUUCAUAGAAGCAAAAUGGCAGCAACGUGAGUCUGUCCUUCAUCAGUGCUAAGAAUGGCAAUGAAAUUACAGUCAUGUAACAAAUAGGUUUCAAUUUUCUAAAACAAUGUUAUCUAUACGAGAUGCACUGAAAACUAUUUACUUUGUACUCUAUGCUUUCCUGCAUAGCCCUCUUGUUGGGUUGAGCUACAAGCCCCUUGUGUACAUUUGCUACAAAUCAGUUAGAUACCCGUGUUUUUAUUCUCCUCAUUUGAUGUAAUUAUACUGAAUAAAAAGUCCUAUGGAUUUCUGUUAAA